GAGACGUUUUACCAUGCCGCAUACAGGUCAAGCUGGUGUGAAUCAACUUGGUGGAGUAUUUGUUAAUGGAAGACCAUUACCAGAUUGUGUACGUCAACGUAUUGUGCAACUAGCAUUGGUCGGUGUUAGACCUUGCGAUAUCUCACGACAAUUACUCGUAUCUCACGGCUGCGUUUCCAAAAUUUUAACAAGAUUUUACGAAACUGGAAGCAUCAGACCGGGUAGCAUCGGUGGAAGUAAAACUAAGCAAGUAGCAACGCCUACGGUCGUUAAGAAAAUUCUGCGAAUGAAACAGGAACAGCCGACGAUGUUUGCCUGGGAAAUACGCGAACAACUUGCCAGACAAGGUGCUUGUGAUCCGCAAAGCUUACCCUCCGUUUCAUCGGUUAACCGAAUUCUCAGGGGUGGUGGACUACACACGGAUCAUCCUGGAAUCGAAGGAAGCUCAUCCACCGGUUAUGCUACCCAAAUCUCUUCCAAUGUUGCUUCCAGAGAAUCAUUAAUGAGGACAGAUUAUCAAUUAUUUUACCCAGGUGCAUUAGGGCCGUUGCAAAUUUCAACGAGUUCUGGAAACAACGGCACGCCAUCUUGGAAUCCAAGUUUUUAUUCGUCCCUUUAUCAAGCUACUACGUUACAUUUACAUCACGGAAUGCAAUCGUUAACAUCAUUGGAAGCUGAAAGAUUGGCUGAUCAAAAUGGCGUACAAAAUCAAGUUGAAUUAAAAUCCAGUUCGAGUUCAAUGGCUGGUAGCGACGAUUCAUUGGACAAAAGCGAUUUGGAAGAAAAUAUUGAAUCGCAUGAUCAAUAUAAAUCAUUUCAAAGUGGUAGAAUAAUAUUGGAACUUGGUCAAAAAAUUGGAAGCGACCGGAGUGCAUUUGUAAGACAUCCAACACCACCGGUAAAUCCAUUGGAAAUGGAUAAACAACAACAACAACAACAAUCUCAACAACAAUCCCAACAAUCACAACAAAAUCAACAAAAAAGAAUCAUUGAAACGGAAAAAGAACAAACGAAUACGACAGUAACAAGUAAUGAAAUGCCCGUUGAGAAUAGACCGGUUCCGGUACAAAAAAAACGUAAUCCCUAUUCGAUAGAAGAGCUUUUAAAAAAGGAUGAAAAGAAAUCAUGCUCGAAAAGGCCUAGGUUGAUAAACGUUGAUGUUGUACAACCAUGCGGUAUCAUUUUAAACAAAGAAAUUUAA